GACAAGAAGAGGGUAACACCAACAAAAGGAUCUGAUGUGAAACGAACACGUAGAGACCGUCGGGAACUAGAGAACAUUAUCUUUAAACUCUUUGAAAGGCAGCCAAAUUGGGCAUUGAAACAAUUGGUUCAAGAGACUGAUCAACCUGAGGUAUUUUCAGCUCAAUGGUCAAUCUUUUUGUAUAAAGAAGAUGAAAGCUUACUGGCUGAGUUCCUCUAUAUAAAAUAUAACUGGGCUGUAUUUGGAUUUACUCUGUGAUGAGCCUAAAAAUGUAUCAAACUGGCUGUUUUAGUUUUUAAUAAUGAAACUCAAGUGUUAACCAUGCCCCAAAGAAAAGGAAAGAAAUUUUAAAUGAUGAUUUUGAUGUGCCUAUUACACUUUUGAUCAAGAUUUUACAUCUCAGUGGGAUAGGAGGUGUCCCAGUCACCCCAUCCCGUACUUUUGAGAAAACAGGAUCAAGACGGGGUCGGAACUCCGAAACCCAUUCAUGUAGGGAGAUAAGAAGAAAGAAAGAAAGGAAGAUGAAGAAAGGGACAAGGUGAAAGGAAAGAAGAAGAAGAAAAAUGAAAGAAG